GUUUUCUUUACGUUAGAUGUUGCGACUCCUUCAAACACUUUAUGAUAUUACCUUUCAGUUCAUUUUGGGUACACAACCAGAGUUUAAGUGAGUGUAGUGCAAAAUGUUCAACAAAAAGCCUCGGAGGAACUUUCGGCAAAGAAAAGAGAACUCAAGUGACGAGGAGGACGAGAGGAAGAAGAGCGGAGGUGGAGAGGAUAAUGAGAAAGCAGCAGCUGUGGUAAACAAGUCGUCCAAACCUGCACAGGGCCGCGGCAUCUCUUGCAGCUCCAAGCGGGAAACAACGUCUCCCAACACGGGCAGCAUAGACGCAGGAGACGAGGAGACGUCGGAGCUGACUAAAGACAAGCAUGGGAAUAAGAAGAAAACAGACCCUACCCUCAGUUUCUCUGACGACAAAGAAGCUGAGGAACCAACGUUUAAAGUGAAGAAGACCUCUGACAAAGCUGUGCUGUUCCAAGCGAAGAAGAAGGAGGCUUCACCUGCCAAACACACCCAGCGAUCUGCUCCAGCCAGUGGACAUGUUCCACUAUCUGCUUCCCCCAGGCUUGAUUCAGACAGUGAUUCUGUGGCUUCACCAUGUUCUCCGCAGCCUUAUGAUGAUGAUGAUGAUGAUGAUGAUGAAGAAGAAGGCAACGAUAACGACAGGGAUAGUGAUGGAGUCAGUUCCAUGUCUUCCUUAGCAAGCUCAGCCUCAGACUCCAGCCGCUCUACUACUACUCCAGUAGUCUUUCCAAGUGCUAAACAGAUCGAGGCAGCCAGGAAACAGCGUCACGCUAAACGAGCCCAGAAAGAUUUCAUUCGACUGGGAAGAGAUGGCCAGAGCUCCGCUGGUAGCACCCCCGAUCACUACAGCAGGGAAGAUGAGGAUGAAGAUGGCCGCGGCAAUGAUGAUGAUGAGCCAGAUGAUCACGAGAGAAGAAUUGAGUUUGCCCCACGUUUGAAGAGCAUCAGAGAGAGGAUUACUGAGAAACUCGGAGGUAGUGAUUGUAGUUUCUCUGGGACCGAUGGCGAGGAGCAGGAACUUUGGGAGGAGACACAAAUUGGAAAGGGAGUCAAGAGACGGCCAGGAGAACAGAGUCCAUCUGGCAGUGAAUCCAGCUGCUACAGCAGCAGCAGUAUCAGCAGGCGAGGCAGACGAAACAGGAAGAAGAGACCAAUGGGGGUCCCAAAGACUCUCCCUUCCAUUAGUGUCUCAAUGAUCAAGAAGAGGAUCACUGGAACACUAGACUCCCUAAAGGAGGUGCACAGAGCACGGCAGGCCCAGCUGAGGAGGAUGGAGGGGGAUGUUGACGGUGCUAAAACCUCUGUGGAGACUCUGGAGGAAAGUUCCUCUGAGAGCCAGCUGAAGUUUUACAGAACCAUGAACCUCUACGCCCACAACUUGGUGGAGUGUUUACGAGAGAAGGUUGUAGAGAUCAACUCACUGGAACUGGAGCUGCACGUUCUGCUGUCUGACCAGAUGGAGGCACUGUCAGCACAGAGACGACAGAGGAUCAAGGAGCAGGCUGACCGUCUACAGCAGCUCAGCUUUAACAAAGAUGAGCUGAGUGAUGGCCCCACCAGUGGGACACAAACUCAAAGCAAGGAAGACCCUGAUAUUCAAGAUGAAGAAUAUUCAAAUAUCCCUGAAGACACAAAGCCUUCAGCUGAAGAGGAGGAGCAGAUACAGAAGAAGAAAGCUGACAUCAUGUCGAAGUCCCAGGCAGUGUUUUCUGACGUCCAGGAAGAGUUUAGUGAUGUGAAGAAGAUUCUGUCCCGCUUUGAAGAAUGGAGAGGAUGUUACUCUGACUCUUACCACAGUGCCUACAUCUCUCUCUGUCUGCCCAAGCUGCUGAACCCAAUCAUAAGACAUCAGCUGCUGGCUUUCAACCCACUUAUGAAUGACAGUGUGGACUUUGAAGACCUCCCAUGGUUCACAGCAGUGGAGACCUUUUGUCAUGGUCACGGUCAUGAAGAGCUGGAGCACACAGACAGACAAACACUGUCCAAUAUCAUAGAAAAGACAGUCCUACCCAAAAUAACAGCAUUGGUGGAGCUGGUGUGGGAUCCCAUGUCGAGCCAUCAGUCAGCCUGCCUGUCUGAAUUUUGUCUCAGACUGAAGGAGGACUUUUCCAUCUUUGAAGGGGAGCAGACAAAACCUGUGAAGGCAUUUAUUGAGGCUGUGGUCCGUCGCUUGAGAAGCUGUGUAGAUGAAGAUGUCUUCAUCCCUCUUUACCCUAAAAAGCUCUUAGAAGAUCGCUCGUCUCCUCAGCGUCACUUCAGGGAUCAACAGUUCUGGACGGCCAUUAAACUUCUAGGUAACAUGGGGAAAUGGGACCGGCUGCUUCCUGAGUCUGUGUUGAAGGAGCUGAUGUUGGACAAACUUCUGAGCAGAUACCUGAUGAUCACACUGAGCAGUCAGACACUAGACAACAAUGCUGUUCAUGCAUGCAGAAUGAUUGCAGACAGCCUGCCGCUGUAUUGGCACAAAGGACGGGAUGUUUGUUUACCUCAGCUUGAGAAUUUCAAAAACCACUUAGUUCAGAAAGUCCAUACCAUGUGCAAACGGCAGCCUCCUGAAGAUCAGAGCAUGAGGUCUGCUGUGCUGAAAGUGCUGCAGGUUCUGAGUAUAAUCAGAUGCAAUGACUCCAUCAUGGCUAUAGCAGAAAAAUACCAUAUGAAGAUCUGAUCUACUCUCACCAGCUGCUCAACCAAGAGGCUGUAUGAUCAGGAGACAAAGGAAGGAAGGUGGUACAGAAAACACCAUGCUUUGUAACAACCGGACAUGUGCAUCUGGAGAGAGUUUUUUAUUUGUGAACAAAUUGCAGUUUUUUAUGUACAGGAGAUAACAGUAUUUUCUAUUAAUAAAUAUCUGAAUUUUGUCUAUA